CGGCAACCAGCAACCAGCAACCCGGAAACUGGCAGCUAACAGCUAAACAGCGCGCACCUGGCACCUGUCAACUGUCAAGCCCCCCCCCACUUCCCCCAUCCACAAUGCCGCGUCUCGACACGCUCCCCCCCGAAAUCCUCUUCAACAUCCUCUCAUACACGGAGCCCAUUCACAGCCUCACUCUGACUUCGUACCCGCUCAAUGCGCUCGCCGCAACCAACAAGCAACUGAAUGCCGUAGCGGAAGAGUACGCGCGCAACCUGCUGAAGCGGCACGCGGAUAUCGUCCCGCCGCGCAGCGCCAAAGUGGUUACGUGCCGCCGCAAGUGGCUGGGCGAGCUGUGCUACGUGUGCAAGAAGAAUAGCAAGCGCCGCGCGUGCUUGUACCGCGCGCUGACGUGCUGUCAUGCGUGUGACAAGGCCAUGUUUGCGAAGAUGACCAUGACGCAAGCCUCGCAGCAAACACACCUCUCGAAACUGGAUUUGUUCACGCCGUCGCCGCUGCACCCGCACCUGCCGCCGCUGGCAACGGGCACGUAUCCUGUGCUCGGCGGGGUCGCGACGAUGCUGUCGACGCCUGAUGUGCUCGCACGCAGCGCGUACAUCCGAUCGCUGCUCGGCGACAAGGCGCACGACGACGGCUUCAUGCGCGUGCGGCCCGCGACGCACGACCGCAUCAUCAAGCACCUUAAUAUCGAGUACUACGAUGGCAGGGGCUGGCUGGAGAUGCAGGAGCGGGGCGAGCAGGAGGGGGAGAAGAAGGCGCCCAAGAGUAUGGCAACGAGGGAGAGUAGGAGGGCGUAUGCGGAGAAGGGGUUGAGGAAGGAGUGGGAGGCGCUGGGGGUGGAGGGCUACGAUGAUGUUAUGUUGGGGGUGAGGCGGCUGGGGGGAAAGGGAAAGGGAAAGGAGGCGGUUGGUGGGUCGGUUGAGGCGCCGGUGGUGAUUGAUUGAUUGAUUGAUUGAUCAGGAAGUUGAGAGGAUUCAUGGUUUCUGGCAGUAUUGGUUGCGGCAUGUGUGCAUGUGUCAAGUUGGGCACUUUUUUUCUUUUCUCACAGGCGCAAUAUGGUGAUUGUGAUACCCGAGGGCAAUUCUGUAAGCGUACAA